AUGUCAUUAUUUGGUGGUAGAACAUUUAAAGAAGGAAUUUUUUUAAUUCCAAAAUGGAAAUAUGUUAAAGGUGAUAAAGUUCAAAUCAUUUCAGGUAAAGAUAAAGGUAAACAAGGUAUAAUUAAAUCAGUUAAUAAGAAAGAUAGUAAUUUAAUUGUUGAAGGUUUGAAAUUAUUAAAAAAAUUAACUAAACCAAAUAAAAGAAGUAAAGCAAUGGCAUAUACAAAAGAAGCACCAAUUCAUUAUUCAAAUAUUUCACAUAUAGAUCCAAAAUACAAUGUACCAUGUAAAGUUAGAUUUCAAUUAGUUGAUGGUGCUAGAGAAAGAGUUUCAAAAAUAUCAAAUUCAAUCAUUGCAAAACCAGAUCUUUCAGCUAAUUUUAAAAAAUGGAGACGUGAUAAUGUUGAAGGUCCUUAUGAUACUACACCAGAAAUUGUUAAAAAGAGAACUUUCGAUGGUAUUAUUGAAAAUAUUCACCCACAUAAAACUUAUUAA